AUGAUAAAAGGAAGUUAUUGGGACAUCGACGAUAUCCUCGCAGAAGAAGAACCAAUUCCUGUAAAAACCACAAAAGAAUUAAAAGGCCUAGGUUUUCUAGACAUUACAAAUAAACCAUUAGAUUUACCUGCCGAAUCCAGAUUUCAAGCUCCUUUAUGAUUGGCGGCAAUUUUGCAAAGAACAGAGACAGAUAUAGAACUUCCUAAAUAUUUUCGUACGAGCUAUAGAGCUUCUUUAGAAGCUGAUCCGUCGAUCGUAUCUUUAAAGGCGCAGUCUCAAUACUUCUUUGAAGUAGGCACAAAAUUGACUGAAAUCGCCGAGGAUGAUGAUUUGAAGCAGCUUCUGCUGAAAGUUCUGAUGAAAAGAAUUAAAUUUCUUAUUGGCUAUAUAGAGAACAAAUCAAAUCCGAAUAUUCUCAAAAGACUCACAGAGCUUGAAAUCAGUAUUUAUGAAAAGGGUAGGAAAACAAUGAUCGAGCUGGAAGAUUGGAGGGAACGAAAAUAUGAAAAAAUAAGGACUUCUUAUUUGUAUACAAGACCUAUGAGAAAAAUGAGGUUAAAAUAA